GCAGAGUGGAAACUGAAGAUAACAAGUGGAACUGAAAGUUAAGUUUCAGUUUCCUUUCCCCCAGCUCACUCUCCCUUUCAGUUCCCCAGCCAGCCCCGUGAGCUCCCCAGCCCGCAGCCCAGGCUGGCUAUAAAAGGGCCGGGGGGUCCGAGCAGACACAGUCCGAUCUGGCCCCAGACAGAACUCGGGUCUCUCCCAGAACCGGGCACUUCUCCAGCUCGGGAAGAAACCCAGUGCAGUGAAAGGAGCCGUCACCUCCCUGGCUGGGCUGGGGACUCAGCGGAUCGCAAUGAGCCCCCUGCGUCUGAAGGAGAAGCUGCAGGCCGUCCAGUGCCACUUCACCUGGAACUUUGAAAUCAGAGACAAGGUAAAUGCAGCUCACAUCCUCCAAACUCUGACUCUCAGGAUUGCCCACACUCACUACCAGAACCAGCCCACGUUCCUUGCCAUGCAGGCUUAUCUCUACCACCUGCAAGGGCAAUAUGAAGACGCUCUGCAAAGCCUUAGAGAAGCCGAGGAGAUUCUGCAAAGAGAUCACCCAGAUAACUUCCCCCGGCAGGUCCUGAUCAUUUACGGAAACUACGCCUGGCUCUAUUAUCACUUGGCCCACUAUGAUUUGGUUGAGCUUUACCUGGAAAAGGUUAGAAAGAUCUGCAGCUCCCUGAAGAGCCGCUCUCCACAUGCAGCUCAGAUCCCUGAGAUACAUGCACAGAAAGGCUGGUCUCUCCUGGCAGCAGGCUUCCGCAAUGGCAGAGAAGCCACAGAGUGUUUCCAAAUGGCAUUGAGAGAAGACAAAGCAAAUGGGGAAUUUCUUGCUGGGUUGGCAAUCGCAGCCUUUGCAUCAUGGACUCACUCACACGAUUCUGCAUCUUGGAAUGCUGCCAGAGAGAAGUUGGGCGCCAUUAUCCGUGAACAGCAGCAAAACUAUGAAGCUAAGGUGUAUUUAGCCAGGAUCCUUAAGAGCGCGAAUAGACAGCAAGCAGAAGCCCUCUUAGAAGAUGUUGUUCAGAAUAGCCUGGACCCUGAGGUUCUGAGAAAUGCAGCCAAGUUCUUUCAACAAGAAUUCCCACAAAAAGCAAUUGCUAUCCUACAGCGAGCAAUAUCGCUGAAUUCCACUUACCAUCUCCUUCAGUAUGACCUUGGCGUCUGCUACAAGAAACAACUGAAGGAGGCCAAGUCAGGCAGAGGAGAAAUAUUGGCAGCAGCUAUUGAAGCCUUCAAAAAGGCUGUGCAAAAAGAUCCAACCUCUGUGUUUGCAAAGCUGGCUUUAGCUGAAGUGUAUGGAGAAAAUACACCUCACUACCAAGAAGAGAUUUAUCUCAAUCUCAUGAGUGAAAUGCCCAGCCUCAGCAAGAGGUGUCAGCAGGCCGUCUAUCUUCACUGGGGGGAUUUCCUCUUCUACAAGCAGAAGUCACUGUGGGAGGCAGCUAAGACGUACAAAGCAGGUUUCGCCAUUCCAGACAAGUACCUGGAGAGGCAACAACUGAAAACCAGGUUGGAAGAGGUGGCAGGAGAAUUCCAGCAGAGCUCCCAAACCGCUGAGGCUGGGGCCAUAUAUGACUUCAUUCAAGAGAAUGAAAGUCCGAGACACUAUAAAGUUCACUGAUGGCAACAACAGAGCAGGAGACUGGAGAUGUGGAGACAAUGCAGGAUCCUUUCCCUUCCCUGGACACACCCAGACCUCCUUCUGAAGCGAGUCACUUUCCCCACCUGUGUAACAAUGACAUUCGUGUUGCAAGUGAUUCUGGGUCCCCUGAAUAGUUCAGACCACGGCACAUCCUGCUGCUGCUUCUUAUAAUUAUUAUUAGCUACCUGUACUGUAAAGAACGAGGCCCCUUAGUUAAAUUGUGCAUGUUUGGGACACAUCCAUGUAUGUAAUUAAUAAGGACUAUGUGAACGUUUUUCUUAUGUGAUGGUUGUCAUAUGUUUAUGGGUCCUGAGAUUGUCCAUGAACAUAGGUUUUGUGAAGUUUCAGUUCCCUGCAAAAGGCACAGGGUGGGAAGCAAAGAAAGGAGUUGCCUAGGGAACUAGGGUAUAUAGGGAAGCCGGUGGGGUAGGGAGGAGGCUCUUUCUCAGGAGAGUGAGAAGGUUGCUGCCUGCUGAGCUGUGACUUUAAAUACAGCAGCAGUCAGGAUCUCUCUCCCUGACAGCAGGGACGAGCUGUCAGCCCGUGACAGCUACUGACACCACUGAGUGCGUUGUUGUCAGGGUUUGUUGUUCUGAUGGGGAGCACACUCGCAGACACACAUAGCUAGGUUCUUACUUGCAGCCAUGAUGGCGCAAAGGGGUUAGGAUGGGAAACUAGUGUCAGGGACACUCACCUGAUCUCCGUGGUCAGGUCCUUGUUGUCGGAGGAGGCCUCUGAUCCACCUCAGCUGGGAAUCAAUCCUCGGGCAGCCUCACCUGUAGAGAAGUUAAGGUAGAAGGCUUCCAAUUACCACCUGUUAGGUGAAGGCUCUAUUGUUAUUCCCCUCCCUUCCCUUCCUCCUUUUACAUCCUCCCGUUGUAAUUAAAGGAACGUUUACAUUCAAA